UCAGUGCCGACCAGCCGGGCCAUCUUUAUUUGAUCUUUAAUCCAACAUCUCGAGAACAAUGGUGACCCCCAUCGAACCAAGUACAUGUAUGUGACUUGCGGGUUGUAAUACCACCUAACAAAGAGAUUCAAUUGUUCAGCGCAAGAUAACUAUUAGCUAAUUCUUAAUGCUGCGGCAAUAUACAUCCUCCAUGUACCCAAGCGCCGUCGCAGCACAACAUCGGACCCCGCCAAUUGCGCCAUCCCCCGCCCAAGUCUCCCAAUCAACUCCAACCGUCCAGUCAAGCGCAGUCACCAAGAGCUUGCAACUCCGUUCGCCAUGACUUUCGCAAUGGUGUCCCGCCCUCUAGACUUGUGAAACCCGAUUCACCCUAUUGGAACUCCAACUCGCCGUGCCUCGUCCAGUGAGAAUGUGGGUCGCAACACUCGCACGCCAUACUGGCUGCUCGAUUCCUCACCUCUGAUUACCGUCAGAACGACGAAGACGUUCCAUCUCAUCGUUCAGAUCUCGGCCGGGAUUCUUAAAUUAUAAAUAAGACUAGCGCCUCCAUUGACUUGCAGUAUCACUACAUAAUUUCAAGCCUAUUUAUUUGCGUCGCUGUUCAUUCCUCAGCCAGUCAAAGGCCUCUCUAUUUGCAUUUCGCAUCUAUCAUGGCCCCCGCUCUUACGGAUGCGCUCCCUACUGCGCCCCAUAACCUGGCCAGCAAUGCCCCGCGGGAUAUCUUUCCCGAUGGCUUAAAGACGACCGGUCAACACCCCCCGCUUUACGAUCACAUUGUGCCUUUCGAUAGCUUCCCCCACAAGAUCACAGGUCCGACGGUGUGGAAGGCCGAGGAUUACCGCGAGAACCCGGAGAAAUGGACACACAGAUUCACCGAGGAGCAAGUAGAAGAGUUGAGCGUCGCGGCGGAUGCAUUCCUUGCUUCCAAGACCCCCCUCACUGGUAUCUCCAAGUCCAACUUCAAUCUGCCCAAGCUCGCAGAGUACUUGGAGGCUCUGCGCAAUGAUAUCAUUGAUGGAAAGGGAUUCAUUCUGUUCAAGGGCUUCCCCGUGGAGAAAUGGGGUAACCACAAGUCUGCCGUCGCAUACAUGGGCCUGGGUACCUAUCUGGGCUAUUUCGUCAGCCAGAACAGCCGCGGCCACGUCCUCGGUCACGUCAAGGAUCUCGGCGAAGACUCGACCCAGAUCGACAAAGUGCGCAUCUACCGCACCAACGCUCGUCAAUUCUUCCACGCUGACGACUCCGACAUUGUCGGCCUCCUCUGCAUCGCCAAAGCCCUAGAAGGCGGCGAAUCCGACAUCGUCUCUUCCCACCACGUCUACAACACCCUAGCCGUCGAACGCCCCGACGUCCUCAAAACCCUCACCGAACCAAUCUGGUACUUCGACCGCAAAGGCGAAACGAGCAAAGGCGAAGAAGAAUAUAUCCGCACAAGCGUCGUCUACCUGGAGCGCGGCGAACACGGUCGCGUUUACACAAAAUGGGACCCCUACUAUGUCCGCUCUCUCACCCGCUUCUCCGAUGCAGGGAUCAUCCCUCCCCUCUCCGACGCCCAGCAGGAAGCUUUGAAAGUGCUGGAGGAGACAUGCAACCGUCUCUCGCUGCAUAUGAUUCUAGAUGUGGGCGAUAUUCAGUUCUUGGCCAAUUCGCAUAUUUUGCACGCCCGGACGUCAUAUACGGAUCAUGCACCGCCUACUCCCAGACGCCAUCUGAUGCGCUUGUGGUUGGCGACACCGGAGAGUGAGGGUGGCUGGAAGUUGCCGUUUUGGGAUAGUAAUGAGAAGAAGAGGGGUGGAAUCCAGGUGGAUGAUCAGCCACCUGUUGCGCCAUUGGAUGCGGAGUAGUUGCUGGGCGAUGUUCUAAUGAUAUUAAUCAUGUUACAAUGAUACCUUAUUUUCUUUUUCUACUUUUGAGUCAGUCUUCGUGAA